AUGAGAAUUCCUGCUACCACUGCCUGCCUCUGCCCUUUGCUGAUCUGCCUGUGCUUUGUCCAGAGGAGCUAUGGGACAUCCCAGCUCAGGCCAAACGUCAGAGCACCCAGUAACCAAACCAAACACCCAGACGGAGAGAGAGACGUGCACCACCGGCCCAAGAGGGGCUGGAUAUGGAACCAGUUCUUCGUUUUAGAGGAACAUAUUGGACCUGAAGCUCAGCAUGUUGGAAAGGUAUGUAUGCUAUUCAUGUUCACCUUUAAUGGCAUUAUUUUGAUGUGAGGUAUUUUCAUGCUGAGAGGAAAACAGUAUGCCUACAUAUUGCAGUCUGUCUGUGUUUUUGCAUGAUACAAAGUUGAUGAUUGCCACUGCACCUGGGGGUGCACAGUAAGUCAUUUGAAAGCAAUUUUGUACCAGGUUAUUUGAGACGUACGUUUACGAAAGUUUAGAGCACUUUUCUUUCUUUUGGAAAAGAUUUGAGCUUAUAGCUUAAAACUCUGUUUACUUUCAGCAACAACAAAAAACAUACAUUUCUACUCCCUAUGAUAAAUUAUAGAAAUGGGUAAACCUAUUAUACGACGAUACAACCUAAAGAAGUUAUCUAAAUAAAUCAUUUUCUGUAUGAAUUUGAAUGAAGAAGACAUUUUGGGAGGAUACAUUUGAUCAAUUGUUUGUUGGGGUGAUUGAGAGUGUGAGUCACUCUUCUCAAAGAUGCUGUGACAGUGGAAUUGUGGUUUCUUCUUCCAGUAAGAUGGUACCUCUCUUGGUAUUGAUUUCACCAUGAGGAAAACAGCAGGCAAUAAAGUAUCAAGUAGCCAUUUUCAACAGCACAUAAGCCUACAUUUAUCUGCUUGAUUCUAGUGGGCACCACAGAUCUACACUGAGUAUACAAAACAUUAAGGACACCUGCCCUUUCCAUGACAUAGACUGACCAGGUGAAUCAAGGUGAAAGCUAUGAUCCCUUAUUGAGGUCACUUGUUAAAUCCACUUCAAUCAGUGUAGAUGAAGGGGAGGAGACAGGUUAUCAAAGGACUUUUAAGCCUUGAGACAAUUGAGACAUGGAUUGUGUAUGUGUGCCAUUCAGAGGGUAAAUGUGCAAGACAAAAGAUUGAAGUGCCUUUGAAUGUGGUAUGGUAGUAAGUGUCAGGCGCACCGAUUUCUGUCAAGAACUACCACGCUGCUAGGUUUUUCACGUUCACCAGCUUCCUGUGUGUAUCAAGAAUGGUCCACCACCCAAAGAAUAUAGUUUACACCUUUCCAAAUUCCCACAGACAUUUUCUCUGCCUCCUUUAUCCCCUUAGAGGCUCAGCCAGGAUAGAGUGCAAAGAGUGAAGCCCAGACCCAGACAGACCUGCCCUAGAAAACUGUGUUGUACUUUUCACAGCUUCAGAUGAAAGGAUUAAAAAUGGCCACAUGUAUCUGAAUUAUCUCAACUCUGCUCUGCUGUGACUAAUUAGCUACACAACCUUCUCCUUCCACACAGCUACUAUAUAUAACUAGCUGUUCUCUGUAUAGGCUAGACAUGUACUGCACACUGAUUGUUGAUGCUAACCUUUCCUCUGAUUUAGAUUACAAGGUUACAGCCCCAGUCCACAGACAUCCCAACCUCUUAUCAAUCAAUGGGAUUGUCACGCCCUGACUCUGGGGACUCUUAUUUGUUGAGCCAGGGUGUGAUUUUCUAUAUUUGUGAUCUAGGUUUUCUAGAUCUAUGUUGGCCGGUGUGGUUCCCAAUCAGAGGCAGCUGUCGCUCGUUGUCUCUGAUUGGGGACAAUACUUAGGCAGCCUAUUGGCACUAGUGGGUUGUGGGAUCUUGUUCCGUGUUAGGUAUGUUGUUUGUGUACCUUGGACUUCACGUUUCGUUUGUUGUUUUGUAGUUGUUUAUUCGGUUCUAAUAAACAUGUAUGCAUAUCACGCUGCACCUUGGUCUGACCCGUUCCUUAACGAACGUGACAGAAGAUCCCACCAAACGAGGACCAAGCAGCGUGUCCAGGAGCAGACAGCCUGGACAUGGGAGGAGAUCCUGGAAGGAAAGGGUUCGCACCAAGCCAGUAGUGCCCGUCGCCAGCCCGGCCCGGCCCGGCCUGUUCCUGCCCCUCGCACCAAGCCAGUGGUGCGCGUCGCCAGCCCGGUCCGGCCUGUUCCUGUCCCUCGCACCAAGCCAGUGGUGCGCGUCGCCAGCUCGGCCCGGCCUGUUCCUGCCCCUCGCACCAAGCCAGUGGUGCGCGUCGCCAGCCCGGUCCGGGCUGUUCCUGCUCCUCGCACCAAGCCAGUGGUGCGAGUGUCCAGUCCGGCACGGCCCGUGCCUGUUCCACCGGUGCCUGGUUCGGCACCGGUCAGCUGCUCUACUCCGGAGCCAGAGCAGUCCGCUCCACCGGUGCCCAGUUCAGCUCCGGUCAGCGGCUCCACUCCGGAGCCAGAGCAGUCCGCUCCACCGGUGCCUGAUCCAGCUCCGGUCAGCUGCUCCACUCCGGAGCCAGAGCAGUCCGCUCCACCGGGGUCAAGUCCAGAUCCGGUCAGCGGCUCCACUCCGGAGCCAGAUCUGUCCACUCCACCGGUGCCUAGUCCAGCUCUGGUCAGCGGCUCCAGUCCGGAGCCUGAGCAGUCCGCUCCACCGGUGCCCGGUCCAGCUCCGGUCAGCGGCUCCAGUCCAGACCCAGACGUCAGCCCCUCUCCAGGUUCGGGGUCUCCUACACCAGGGUCCAGACAGGGCUUGGAGUAUAGUGGGAGGAAGGAGAGGGGAAGCAACGCGCCGAGGUCUAGACCAGACCAGGGGCACAACAGGGAGGCGAAGAGUGAGAGGUCGUCACGCCCUGAGCCGGAUCCGCCUCCGAGGCGGAAUGCCCACCCGGCCCCUACCCUGUUAUGUUUAUGUUGUGCGGUCGGAGUCCGCACCUUUGGGGGGGGGGGGGGGGGGGGGUACUGUCACGCCCUGACUCUGGGGACUCUUAUUUGUUGAGCGAGGGUGUGAUUUUCUAUGUUUGUGAUCUAGGUUUUCUAGAUCUAUGUUGGCCGGUGUGGUUCCCAAUCAGAGGCAGCUGUCGCUCGUUGUCUCUGAUUGGGGACAAUACUUAGGCAGCCUAUUGGCACUAGUGGGUUGUGGGAUCUUGUUCCGUGUUAGGUAUGUUGUUUGUGUACCUUGGACUUCACGUUUCGUUUGUUGUUUUGUAGUUGUUUAUUCGGUUCUAAUAAACAUGUAUGCAUAUCACGCUGCACCUUGGUCUGACCCGUUCCUUAACGAACGUGACAGAAGAUCCCACCAAACGAGGACCAAGCAGCGUGUCCAGGAGCAGACAGCCUGGACAUGGGAGGAGAUCCUGGAAGGAAAGGGUUCCUGGACAUGGGAGGAGAUUCAGGCCGGGAUGGAUCGCCGUCCUUGGGAUGAGACAAUGGAGGCGCGGUAUAGAGAGGAGCAGCGGCAACGCAUAAGGCGCCGGCCGAGGAAGAAGCCAGAGAAACAGCCCCAAGAAAAUGUUUUUGGGGGGUUAAAAGGGUGGUUGGCGGAGCCUAGUGUUAGAGCAGAGCCAACUCCCCGUACUCACGCGAGGAGGCGUGUGACUGGGCAGGCUCCGUGUUAUGCGGAGCUACGUACUGUAUCGCCAGUACGAGUGCACAGCCCAGUGCGUCCUGUGCUAGCACCACGCACGUGCGUGCGAAGAUGGGCAUCCAGCCAGGACGGGGUCUGCCGGCUCAACGCUCCUGGUCUCCAGUACGCCUCCUCGGUCCCGCAUAUCCUGCGCCAGUUCUACGAGCUGUAUCGCCAGUACGCGUGCACAGCCCAGUGCGUCCUGUGCCAGCGCCCCCGCACGUGUAGUGCGAAAGUGGGUAGCCAGCCAGGACGGGUUGUGCCAGCUCUCCGCUCCAGACCUCCAGUCCGCCUUUGCAGUCCGGUCCGGCCUGUUCCUGCCCCUCGCACCAAGCCAGUGGUGCGCGUCGCCAGCCCGGCCCGGCCUGUUCCUGCCCCUCGCACCAAGCCAGUGGUGCGCGUCGCCAGCCCGGUCCGGCCUGUUCCUGUCCCUCGCACCAAGCCAGUGGUGCGCGUCGCCAGCCCGGCCCGUUCCUGCCCCUCGCACCAAGACAGUGGUGCACGUCGCCAGCCCGGUUCGGCCUGUUCCUGUCCCUCGCACCAAGCCAGUGGUGCGCGUCGCCAGCCCGGCCCGGCCUGUUCCUGCCCCUCGCACCAAGCCAGUGGUGUGCGUCGCCAGCCCGGCCCGGCCUGUUCCUGUCCCUCGCACCAAGCCAGUAGUGCCCGUCGCCAGCCCGGCCCGGCCCGGCCUGUUCCUGCCCCUCGCACCAAGCCAGUGGUGCGCGUCGCCAGCCCGGUCCGGCCUGUUCCUGUCCCUCGCACCAAGCCAGUGGUGCGCGUCGCCAGCUCGGCCCGGCCUGUUCCUGCCCCUCGCACCAAGCCAGUGGUGCGCGUCGCCAGCCCGGUCCGGGCUGUUCCUGCUCCUCGCACCAAGCCAGUGGUGCGAGUGUCCAGUCCGGCACGGCCCGUGCCUGUUCCACCGGUGCCUGGUUCGGCACCGGUCAGCUGCUCUACUCCGGAGCCAGAGCAGUCCGCUCCACCGGUGCCCAGUUCAGCUCCGGUCAGCGGCUCCACUCCGGAGCCAGAGCAGUCCGCUCCACCGGUGCCUGAUCCAGCUCCGGUCAGCUGCUCCACUCCGGAGCCAGAGCAGUCCGCUCCACCGGGGUCAAGUCCAGAUCCGGUCAGCGGCUCCACUCCGGAGCCAGAUCUGUCCACUCCACCGGUGCCUAGUCCAGCUCUGGUCAGCGGCUCCAGUCCGGAGCCUGAGCAGUCCGCUCCACCGGUGCCCGGUCCAGCUCCGGUCAGCGGCUCCAGUCCAGACCCAGACGUCAGCCCCUCUCCAGGUUCGGGGUCUCCUACACCAGGGUCCAGACAGGGCUUGGAGUAUAGUGGGAGGAAGGAGAGGGGAAGCAACGCGCCGAGGUCUAGACCAGACCAGGGGCACAACAGGGAGGCGAAGAGUGAGAGGUCGUCACGCCCUGAGCCGGAUCCGCCUCCGAGGCGGAAUGCCCACCCGGCCCCUACCCUGUUAUGUUUAUGUUGUGCGGUCGGAGUCCGCACCUUUGGGGGGGGGGGGGGGGGUACUGUCACGCCCUGACUCUGGGGACUCUUAUUUGUUGAGCGAGGGUGUGAUUUUCUAUGUUUGUGAUCUAGGUUUUCUAGAUCUAUGUUGGCCGGUGUGGUUCCCAAUCAGAGGCAGCUGUCGCUCGUUGUCUCUGAUUGGGGACAAUACUUAGGCAGCCUAUUGGCACUAGUGGGUUGUGGGAUCUUGUUCCGUGUUAGGUAUGUUGUUUGUGUACCUUGGACUUCACGUUUCGUUUGUUGUUUUGUAGUUGUUUAUUCGGUUCUAAUAAACAUGUAUGCAUAUCACGCUGCACCUUGGUCUGACCCGUUCCUUAACGAACGUGACCGGGAUUGACGUGUAGAGGAGGGUGUUGGAACCAAAAAGGGUUUUUCAAAGGGUUCUCCUAUGGGAACAGCCGAAUAACCCUUAUUGGUUCUAGAUAGCACCUUUUUUCGAAGAGUGUAGAGUUAGAUAGUAUGAUUAAAUAUCCCUUAUCAGACCUCAGAGACAAAGAUUACACAAAAUCUUUCACCCCGGCUCACUAAUACCAAGACUGGGUAUAAAAAAAUAAUUGUCAGUGAGCUCUUGCUGCAGCAUAAAGUUGACCUUUCCAUCAGUGUGCCUCAUGUAAUUUGUGGUUAGCAGAGGGGGUAGAGUCCUGAUUUAUUCAGUCAGCGGGUUCUUGGAUCAUAGUCAGUUUAUCAGUCUCUGUACAAGCUUCUACCAGUUAUCUUGGCUCUAUGGGAACUUAGUGAGUGGAUAGCUGCCAGUGUAUGGGAAGACAGUUUCGUGUCAUUAUUUAAGUACAAUCUAAAUGGCAUCAUUAUGAAUAUUAGUGUCCUCAGGCUGGAAUUCAAUCAAAUCCCACAAUAGAAAUGUGUAGGCUAUGCACUGUCUUUGUUUGCAAACUAGGCUAUCGGCUCUAUGUGCAUACACACGUCUUACUCCAAAAACGCUUCUAAAACUGCUUCUAAGACUGGAAGUAUUUACAGUAUGCCGGUGAGAGUCUAUUACUGGAUGAAGUAGUGGAGGAAUUUUACAGUGGGAUCUUGCAGUAUAGCAACUGAGGCUAUUCUUCCUCCCUGUAGAUAAAGCAUUUUCCCUUUUAUGAAAUUCGAUGAAGUAAAGGCGUACCAAGCACAAUAACUAAUUCUUACACAAAGAGAGACAAGAAACGCACCAUAUGGAAAAAGUGGACAGCAGACACACAGCCUGUCUGCAUAUCAUGAAAUCAGUUCAUGCUCUGCAUCCAUUCUGCAACCAGGCCCUUGGUGAUAUAUUACCAAAGUGGAUAGUUCCAUAUAUUUAUUUAUCUAUUUAUCUUUUGGGGGUUUUCCCCCCACCAGCUCCCAGACAGGGCUCUUAUUUUAUCCUUUCAUCUCUUUGAUAACGCAGGGCCUAGGGUAAGCAUCAGUCAUGAGCUGUACACCCAUUACCCUGCUACUGAAUAAAGGCACCAUAGCGAAAGAUAAAUUAAUGCUACUCCCUCACUGCAGGCAGCAUGUUCUGUGAGUAAGCGCAGUAUUCUGAGCCAGUGUAAAUGCUUGCGCCAGCCCAAACUUCCUGAGAAAGCCAAGGUUGUCAUCACAGUAGUUCCACCAACUUCCACUGAGUGACAACAUCGGCCUUGGAUUCUUAUGUACUGUAUAUUGCACCUACUGUGUACUACGCAAUAACGUUUAUUCUUGUGUAGUAGCCUAUUAAACUGUGUUUUGGGGUGUCCUAAGUGAACAAUAAUGUCCACUACUUAACCUACAUGUUGUAAAUUUGGUCCUCUAUUGGUCUAUAUUGGUCUUCAUUCAUGUGAAUCUGCAGCAGUAACAUCUUGGACACUCUCCAUGUGAUUCUGUAGCAAACAGGGUUGCUGCAUGUACGCUCUUCAGGCAUGGGAGGAGGUGUGGAGGUGAACACUGUCUUAGCUAAUUGCUCUCUGUUAAGGGAUUACACUCACUGCCAAGAAUUAAGAGCAGUUUGUGUGUGUGUGUGUGUGUGUGUGUGUGUGUGUGUGUGUGUGUGUGUGUGUGUGUGUGUGUGUGCGUGUGCGUGUGCGUCUGAAGGGUUGAAGGUGGAGGCAAUAAAAACCAUACACUGAGGACUGUAACUGCCAACAGCUGCUGGCUUCAUUCUUCAUUCAGAACAUUUCCCCUCAGUGUCUGUAGAGAAAAUAACAUUCUGCCAAAGAGCAAACACUUGCAUUCAUAAUAGGAUAACUGACUUGCUGGCCAGUUGUGUUGUUCUACAGAUGAUGCAAGCUAGCUCCAACAACGUUGGUGCUGUCAAGGGAUUCACAGUUUUUCUUUAAUGGUUUGUUAUCCAUCAUUCACUUUCCUCCUUACAGAACCCCCCUCAGCGUCAGCACCACUGCUGUCUGCAAACAUGGAGGCUAUGGGUGCAUCUCAAUAAUCUCUCCAUCCUCCUGAUGUGUGCACUUGUUCACUACUCCCCAAAAUAUAAAAGCAUUGGAUUGGUGAAGGCAUGGGCUAGAGGGAGUUUCCAUAGACCAGUCUUUUUUUCAAAUGCAUGAGGGGAAGUUAACAAGUGCACACUUUGGGAGAAAGGAGUGAUUAUUGGGAUUCAGCCCAUGUUCUUAAGAAGUGGUGUAUUGAUAUGAAUGGAGAAGUCAUACUCUGGUUGCUAUAUUUAUGAUAUUCCAUCUGAUCAAUUAUAAAGCUAAUGGGGGUGUUUUACACCUCUCUCAAAUGACCUUCCACCCCCUUGACUUGUUUAAGUGUUUGUAAAAAGCCAUGUGCCAGGCACGCAGGCACAACCCCGAAAUAUUCAGAUGACACGUCAACAAGGUACAACAGAUUUAAUUUGAAAUGAUGCAACUCGGUGUAGCACAACUAAUCUGGAUAGAGCUGGAUUUACCUGUUUGAAUGAAUAAGUGUUCACACAUUGCAUUGGCUUUGUUCUGCUAGGCUACGAAGGGGAAUACAUUAGUCUCAAAAUGCCAAGGCAGCUAGAAACACUGUUCUUCUCUUCUUCUUCUUGUUCUUCUUUUCAACAUUUUACAUCAGAGUUGACACAGCAUUUUUAUAUAGAUCAGUAUCAUAUGAUACCCCAAUGAUUUAGCCUAGCUCCAAAUACUUGAGGAGUGUGGAUUCUCUUUGCAUAACAUUGGCUGCAUGUGAUAUGUCAGACAACAAUGAUGCAUGGUUUGUUUACUAGUGUAACUGAUAAAUUAUCAGUUGUAUAGCAGAGACUUUCCCAUUCAUGAUUUGUAUGAAUUAUUAAUGUCUACACUACAAACAGAUUAUUUUUGAAACACUGAACACUUAAAUGGUAUGUAGUGAUAGCGUUAUGCAGCUAUGUGACAAUUAUCUAUAUUUUUCUGCCAGUCUGCUUUUGAUUUAAGUGAAUGCAGAAACAGUCGGGUACCCAGGCUACUUGUACACUAACAUUCUGUAGAUUUAUACAGCUGGUACCCCUCUGGUAAACCUAUUUUUUAAUUAUGGUUAGUCACUUCCAUUAGUGAGGCGCAAUUUUAGUUCCUCUCCUGAACUGACUGAACUAGAAUCGACCUCUACCCCAGGGGUUGGAACUGAAAUUAUUUUCCAAUCGUUUCAUUCUGAACAGAACCACUCUACCAGCACUGUUCCGACCAGCAAAAUAAAGUUCUGAACCAGUUCGAACCCCAAAAAAGUAUUUGUUUAUAUAUUUCUUUUAUGUUCCUUUUAUACAUGCGAAAUCAAGUUUUUUACAUUUAGCUUAUUAAAUUACUUCACCAAUCAGUGCGGCUAGAGCAGGCAAGCUAGUUAAUUACAUGCGUGAUGGACAGAAAACUGUAGCCUAUGGUGCAAGAUGCGACUGAAAGAGAGGGUUGAGGAGGACACUUGAAGUGCUGGGCAUCUUGUUAUGACAUGCAUUAUCUGAAUUAGGUCCACCGAAUUAUACCUAGGAGGAGCAGCUUCUAUUGUGGAAAUUUGAAUGUCCUUUGAGCUAGCUAGCUAUCAAGCUUGUGUGUGCAGAGCGGCACCAGAAUUAAAAACACAUCUUACUUUUUUGUCGUUAAUGACUCCAACAUGAAAUGUGAUAACUAGGCCUAUAUUAUCCUUAACUAGCAUUGACCAUUAUUCUCUAGUUAAUAAAAAAUCUCUCUAUCUUCUGAAUCAAACGUAUAACAUCAGCACAGUAGCCUAUGCUUCGGAGGGGGAGGGUCAGGUAGCCUAAACACAUACAGGCAAAGAUUUUCACGUUUUUGAGUGACAGAGUGAGGGCUUUGCAUAGACGCUUUGUUCCGUUUUGUUGUGGGACUAGAAAAAAAAAUCUGGAACAUAAAAUAACGUUAUUAAAUGGUUCCCAUGCUUUUAAAAUAACGGUUCUGUUCCGGAACAGCAUGGAUCAUUUUCGUUCCAGGUUCCGUUUCUGUUUCUUGAACUGGUUCCAACCCCUGCUCAACCCUGGUGGUGAAAUCCCUGGGUAUAGUUUUCUAUGUUCACAUGAGUAUUGUUACAUCUGUGUGUAAAGUUUCUCUCAUUUCCUUUCCAGCUGCACUCCAACUCAGACAAAGGAGACGGCUCCGUCAGAUACUUGCUGACAGGAGAGGGCGCUGGCACUAUAUUCGUCAUCAACGAGGUCACAGGGGACAUCCAUGCCAGCAAGAGCCUGGACCGGGAGAAGAAGGGCCAGUAUGUCUUACAUGCCCAGGCCAUCGAUCGUUACACCAAUAGAUCUGUAGAGCCUGAGUCCGAAUUCAUAAUCAAGGUCCAGGAUGUCAACGACAACGCACCCAAGUUUCCAGAUGGCCCAUUUGCUGCUGCUGUUCCCGAGAUGGCCGAUGUUGGUAAGGCAGAAUACUGACAACAUACUUUUGAUAUGCUGGGUGCACCUGGCUGGAGGGAGCUGGCUUUGUACCCUGACUGUGAGAGCAGUCACAUCAUUAGCUGGGUCAUCAGUAUUGGUACAGAUCCCUGCUGCAUCCCAGAGGCAGUCAGGCAUUGAUGCACAACUCUGUAAAUGGAUUUUGACAGUCCUGAUACAUGGGUUUAGAUUAAUUGGGAGAUAACAGAUUUCGGCCUCACUUUAUGCGAUACAGAAACACUCUGUGGUAUUUCCAUGUAGAUUUACAAUAAGAAAACCCUGACAAUAUAGUGAGUUGUGCUACAGUAUGCAAUUGUAGUUUCUACAGUGAUCAUAGCACAUUGUACUGUCUGUGAGUUUGUGUGGUUGUAGAUGUAUGGGUUUUUUGUGCCAAUGCAGUACUGAUAUAACCUUUCAUCCGUGCAGGCACAUCAGUGUUUCAGCUCACAGCCACAGACGCAGACGACCCCACCUAUGGGAACAGUGCCAAGAUUGUGUAUAGCAUACUACAGGGACAGCCUUACUUCUCUGUAGAUCCAAAAACCGGUGAGAUGCCUGCCUCCUAUUUAACAUUUACUGCAAUAUAA